AGUUACAAGAGCUGCCUAACCACUUCAAAAUGUCGAGUUGUAACACGUCGUGAACUUUACCUUAAUAAAGAAUUUGAUUCAUCCUUUUUAAAUUAUCUUGUAAUAAUCAAUCAUAUUUGUGAUAAUUGAGAGCUAUUGGAAAAACGUUUAUCAGCGUUUUACUUGAUGAUUCGUCUAAAUAUGUAUGAUCACUUUGUUAUCAGUCAGGAGAUUAUGAUAUGUGAGCUCUUUAAAGCCAUAAAGUGUAGUAGAAUAGAAUUGAAUUUGUUGGAUGAUGCACUGUUGCUUCUUGAUGAUCUCAAAGGAGCAUCUCGCAAUGAAAUAGAUCAUGUAUGCGAAUUGCUGUUAGAAGGUGAUAGCUUCCAAGCUCUUAAAAAUUGGGCGUUUACACACAAGCCUACCAUCUUGUUGCAGUUAAAACAAAACAUUGCAAAUGAACAUUAUUUAAACAACUCAUGCUGCUGUAGUUAUUUGAAAAAAGCCCAGGUGUGUCAUUUUCACCGAUUCGAGAGUGAUUUUACUGACUUUAUUUCAGGUUAGUUGGGAGCGCAAAAUGUUACGAAGUCUAAAUUCAAUGUGUCAAGAGCUUGGAAUACCUCUAGGAAGAAAAAGAUCGAAAGGUAAUAAAGAAGCUGUUCUGCAAAACUGGACAGAGUUAUCAGUAUUUUUUAACAAACAAUCAGUUAUUAAGCCAGUAUUUGGUCCAAAAGAUCUUUUAGAUGUUCUUACAAGUAUUAAACAUCCACAAGUGAGAUCCACAUUUAAAGAUUAUAAUUCAUCUAUGACUGCAACUUGGGGUCUAAUAAAUUUGCCUAUAAAUGUUAAAAAUUUGUCCGAUCUGAGAAGGUUUUAUGAACCGUUACAUAUCAAAAAUCCUCAAAUUGGUGUUGACGACUCAUUGCUGUCUACUUUUGAAUUAGUACAUGAACAGGAAGCUAAAGAAGUCAUAAGUCUUGACUCUUCUGAACGGGCACAACAGUUUUUGCGUCGUGGCUGCCCACUGGGUUAUCGCGCACGAUUGUGGGCCUUGUGUUUAAAUGCAAAAGUGACGGAACACGAUCGUAUUUAUUAUGAGCAAUUGAAAUCGUUUGUUGCAGAAAAUGAAUAUAUGACAGAUCAAUUAAUUUGUAAGGAAGUACAACUUACUGCCUCCAAUGAUGACAUGCACUUUGUGUUUUGUGACUAUACAUAUCAGAUUCUUCUGCCUUUUACAAGAGAUCAGACCGUAUUAUCACAUUUUAAAACUAUGCUUGGAUCACCACCAAGGAUAAUUAUUAAAAAUUCUAAAGAAACAUAUAUUUAUCCUCCUUCUGGAGUCAUACCAUUUCAUGGUUUUUCUAUGUAUAUGUUACCAUUAUGUUAUUUAUAUGACGACCCAGUCACUUUGUAUGUAACAUUUCGUCAAUUAUAUAUACGUUACUUUUACAAACUACAUACCAUAUCCGAUGAAAAUAGUGGUAUUUUAUGCUUAUGCCUGUUAUUUGAACGUUUGUUACAAACCAAGGAGCCCGAGAUUUUCUUUCAUUUAAAAUCAUUUGGUGCACAACCUGUCCGUUUUAUAUUUAAAUGGCUAGUGCGUGCAUUCAGUGGCUUUUUGGCACCUGACCAAGUACUUUUACUAUGGGAUAGAAUCCUUGGAUUUGAUUCUUUGGAAAUUUUAUCAGUUCUAGCUGUCGCUAUAUUCUCUUACCGUCGUACUAAUCUACUUCUGGUGAAAACAAAUGCAGAUGUAGAGGCGGUUUUAGCAGACUUGACAUCCAUACGAGUGAUCAGUCUUCUCCAAAUGGUUAUGUUCACAAACUGAAGUUAUCAUACGGAUAUGUUAAGUUGUGAAAAAUUUGUAUAUUCCAAUGAUACUGCAUUAUACAAAGUUUGGACUAUUUUCUUUAAAAUAACUAAUUUGGUAAUAUUAUCAGUCAAAAUAAUCUGUCAAUAAAUUUCGGGAUGUA